AUGUCGUCACGACAGGCGCUCCGGCACAGCUGCUCGGCCGCUCGGGUGCACGGCGGUGCAAGAUCGCCUCGGCCACGAGCACCGAUGGCUGCGCACCGCCUCCCAAUUUACGCCCGUCGCUUUGCAUCGUCUCUCGGCGGGCCGUCAAAGACAAGCAGCGCAGUCAGAACGACAGCCACCACUGCCGCCUCACUGCUGGCCAUUGGCAGUCUCCUCGUCUUCUCUCUCGCACCGCGCGACCAGCACAUGCGCCUUGACGCUGCUCCGGCCCUAGAACGUCGGCGAACGACGAAAGAGACACAGCCGUCGUGGGCGCAAAACGGGAAGGAUGACGACGAGGCGAGUCUUCUUUCGGCCGGGAGCGAGAGCGACAUGCAAAAGGACAAGGAGGUCAGCACCAUAUCUGCCGUUGGCACGUGGUUCCGCGACGUCGCCAAUGUCGACUGGAGCGCCAUCCCCGACCGCAUCACGGGCUUCAUCCUGCCCGAGUGGUCCAAGAUGGUCCCUGGCUUUGUGCGCAAGUUGCAGCGCGAACUCGACGCCGUGCCUGGAUCCCUGUCCGACGAGAUUUGGCGCGAGGCCCGUGACCCGACCGUCCACCCCGAAGUCCAGUUCGGCGCCCGCGUGCGCGUGGCGGACGACCUGUGCCGCGACGAAAAGGCCUUUCGCCAGCACCGCAAGCCCGUGACGGCGGCCGCCCUCGCCAAGUACCUCGACCUCCCUGCCGACGACGUGCACCCCGACGACGUGCCCGUGAUUGCGUUGUGCGGGUCGGGCGGCGGGCUGCGCGCGCUCGUGGCCGGCACGGGCUCGCUGAUGGCGGCCGAAAAGGCCGGGCUGUUUGACUGCGUGACCUACAUGGCCGGCGUCAGCGGCUCCUGCUGGAUGCAGACGCUGUACUUUUCGUCGUUUACGCACCAGGACUUUGGCCGCGUGGCCGACCACCUCAAGGCCCGCCUGGGCGUGCACAUUGCGCACCCGCCGGAGCUGUUUGCGCUGCUGACGAGCGCACCCACGAACAAGUACCUGCUGAGCGGGGCCGUCGAGCGCUACAAGGCCGACCCGACGACCAAGUUUGGGCUGGUCGACGUCUACGGCACGCUGCUGGCUGCGCGCCUGCUGGUGCCGCGUGGCGAGCUGGACGUGAGCGCGCUCGACUACAAGAUCUCGAGCCAGCGGCGGCACCUGACGCGGGGCCAGAACCCGAUGCCCAUCUACACGGCCGUGCGCCACGAGAUCCCUGGGCUCGAGGACGACGACGGCAUCAAGGACGGCGCGGUGGGCCCGUCGGCGUCGGGCGACGACGCCAAGAAAGAGGCCUGGUUCCAGUGGUUUGAGAUCACGCCCUACGAGUUCUUCUGCGAAGAGUUUUCGGCGGGCAUCCCCACGUGGGCCAUGGGCCGCACCUUUCACCGCGGCCGGGACGUGCCGCUGGCGGCGCCCAACGGCCAGGGCGACUACCACCUGCCCGAGGUGCGCACGCCGCUGAUGUUGGGCAUCUUUGGCAGCGCCUUCUGCGCCACGCUCAGCCACUACUACAAGGAAAUCCGCCCCAUCGUCCAGAGCAUCAGCGGCAUGUCGGGCCUCGACGAGAUGAUCUGGGGCCGCAACGACGACUUGAGCAAGGUGCACCCGAUCGAGCCGGCCACGCUGCCCAACCCGGUGUAUGGCAUGCACCCCAGCCAGCUGCCCGUGACGGUGCCGCCCGGUCUGUUUGCGCGCAAGCACAUCCAGCUCAUGGACGCCGGCAUGUCCAACAACCUGCCGCUGUACCCGUUCCUGCGGCCCGGCCGCGGUGUCGAGGUGGUGGUCGUCUUUGACGCGUCGGCCGACAUCCGCAAGGACAACUGGCUGUGCGUCGCGGACGGCUAUGCCCGGCGUCGCGGCAUCAAGGGCUGGCCGGUGGGUGUGGGCUGGCCGCCGGCCGACGACCCACCGGAGAAGACGGCGCAGCAGCUCAAGGACGCGGGCGCGAGCGCCGAGGCGACGCCGGACGACAAGAUUGAACAGGCCAAAGCCGACCAGGCCGCGCACCAACGGCAAAACGAAACCGGCUCAACGACGACGACGACGAAGAAGGAUAAGAGGAUGGGUGGUGCCAUUGGCAAACAGGGCUCACGUGAAGCCGAGAAUGCCAAGGCGGCGGCCAAGGAGCUCGGCUACUGCACGGUGUGGGUUGGCUCGACGGCCGAGAAGGUGUCCACGGCGCAAGAGGCGGCCGAGACCGAGGCGGCGCAGAGUGGCGACAAGGAGGACAAGAAAGGCACGAAACAGGUCGAAAUGGCACCGCCCAUUGACGAGUCGACGCAGUGGCGGCUGACAGCGCCCGAUGCGGGCCUGACGCUCGUGUACUUGCCGUACCUGGCCAACGAGGCCAAGGUACCGGGCGUCGACCCGGCGACGAGCGAUUUCAUGAGCACGUGGAACUUUGUGUACCAGCCCGAGGAAGUGGACAAGGCGGUGGCGCUGGCCCGGGCCAAUUUCAACGAGGGCGCGGACCAGAUCCGGGCGACCGUGCGGGCUGUCUACGAGCGCAAGAAGCAGAUGCGGCUGGCGGCCGAGGAGCGGCACAAGAGGGAGCGGCUGCGGCGGCUGGUCAAGCAGGAGGGCAACCAUUUUAAUUAA